GUACAAAAGAAUCUGAUGAGAGAAUAGGUGAGGAGUGAUGGUUCAGAAAUCCUAUCUUUCAUCAUCAAUGAGACUACAACAUCAUGGUAGAGUAAAGCCAUAACUAGCUAGUGAUUCCCGUGACACUUCCCUCUGCACAAAAGUUAACAACCCAUCUCAACCCCUUUUCAUGUAUGUCUCUUCUGCCAAACAAAACCUCUGCUACACUCUAUAACACUCUCUCCCUCUGCUCCAUCACUUCUCACCAACAAUGCAAGGUUCAACAGGGUCAUUAUUGAAGCAAUUUAGUGUGAAAGAGGCUUGGAAAUCAACAUCAAGUAGGUGGGGUGGGAUGGAGGAUGGGUAUGAGACUAGUUUGAGCCAAAUGGAAGGUUUUUCCAUGUAUGGGAAUGAGGACAGUGGGAUGGUGGGGAAAAAGAGAGUCAUGGUGGUGGUAGAUCAUACUUCACAUUCCAAACAUGCAAUGAUGUGGGCACUCACUCAUGUAGCUAAUAAGGGUGAUUUGCUCACUUUGCUUCUUGUUGUACCCCCUCAUAAGGCCUCUCAAUCUUCCUGCUCUACCUUUCUAGUCAAUCAUCUUGGUUCCCUUUGCAAAGAUUGCAAGCCAGAGGUGGAAGUGGAAGCACUUGUGAUCCAAGGACCAAAACUGGCCACAGUGAUGAGUCAAGUGAAGAAGCUGGAGGUUUCAAUCUUGGUAUUGGGCCAAAAGAAACCCUCUCCUCUUCUUAGCUGCUUGUGUGGAAACAACAGUAUAAGCAGCUCAGAGGAGUUUGCUGAGUAUUGCAUCAACAAUGCAGAGUGCUUGGCAAUUGGAGUGAGAAAGAGAAGUCAAGGCAACAAUGGCUACCUUAUUAGCACGAGGUGGCAGAAGAACUUCUGGCUACUGGCUUAGAACCUGAGAUUCUUCACUUUAGUUGCUAGUAGUAGCUAUAGCUAGGAUCUCACAAAAAAACUUCAAUGCUGAAAAUUAACACAAUAAUAUGUGCCUUCUAUUCUAGUUCUAACAUCAUUGUCAUUGUGCAAGUGAAAUGACUCGGUGCAUCCAUUUACAAAUACUAUAUGAUUAAUUCAACAUGAUUGUGACCAA